AUGUCUCUCGAAGACCCGUUUUUUGUCGUCCGAGGCGAGGUGCAGAAGGCGGUGAACGCGGCCCGCGGGCUGUACCAGCGCUGGGGCGAGCUCCUGCAGGAGGGCGCGGCGGGGGGCCGCGAGGAGCUGGACUGGACCACCAAUGAGCUGCGGAAUGGCCUGCGCAGCAUCGAGUGGGACCUGGAGGACCUGGAGGAGACCAUUGGCAUCGUGGAGGCCAACCCGGGCAAGUUCAAGCUCCCGGCCGGGGACCUGCAGGAGAGGAAGGUGUUCGUGGAGCGGAUGCGGGAGGCCGUCCAGGAAAUGAAGGACCAUAUGGUCAAGCCGACAGCCAUGGCCUUCCUGGAGAGAAGUGACAGAGAGUUGCUGGCGGGCAACGGGGCUGCCCAGAAGCCCCCCAGUGACCUGCUGGAUGCCAGCGUGGUCUCAGCCACUUCACGCUACAUCGAGGAGCAGCAGGCCACACAGCAGCUGAUCCUGGACCAUCAGGACCAGCAGCUUGAGAUGGUGUCCGGAAGCAUCCGGAUCCUGAAACACAUGUCUGGCCGUGUCGGGGAGGAGCUGGACGAACAGGGCAUCGUGCUGGAUGCUUUUGCUCAGGAGAUGGAUCACACCCAGUCCCGGAUGGAUGGGGUCCUCAGGAGGAUGGCCAAAGCCUCCCACAUGACGAGCGACCGCCGGCAGUGGUGUGCCAUCGUGGUUCUGCUGGCGGUUCUCCUCCUGGUUCUCAUCCUGCUCUUUGUUCUCUGACCCUGGCCGUCCCAUCUGCACCUUCGGGGAGCUGCUCAGCAAUUUAAUAACCGGGCGGGCCCUGACCCCUGGGUGGAGGGGGGCGCCCCUGGGGAGCCGCCCCGGAGCUCUCAGGGCCAGGGCGGGGGCUCCCCCCCGGCCAUCCUGCCCCAAGUGCACUUAGGGGCGCUUGAAUGACGGAUUUACUCGCUCAUCCCCGUCCCAGCUCUACUUCCUGUGUACCCCCCGUCAUUCGCCCGGGUGCCUUCUACAUGUGCCAAGCUGGAAAUAAAAUCCCAGCCUUUUUA